AUGUCUCAUCGAAAAGCAUUAACUUUGGAAGAAAAAAUUGCUUUCAUCAAGGAUAAUCAAAAUGCCCAUGGUUUAUCAGUUCGCGAACUGGCUGAUAAUUAUAAAAAACCAAAAAGUAGUGCUGCCAAUAUUCUUCGUCGAAGUGAAGAGCUUUUAGCUGAUUAUUCUUCGAAUUGUAAUAAAGGUAUUAAACGCAAAUCCAAGGACGAAAAUAGACAAAAAAUCGAUGAACUUGU